AUGAUCCGAGAGUACUGGGACCGCUAUGAAGGUGUCGACAUUCCCCUUCCGAAGACCGAAAUCGCCCAAGAGGAUCAGGAUACGCAUUCACAGCGGCUGCUGAAGACCAUAGAUCUCUGGGAUAAUCCCGUACCUGAUGAGGCUAAGAUUCGAGCUCGCCGCGCCUACUUUGCCGCUUGCAGCUUUGUAGAUGAUCAAGUUGGCAAGCUCGUCAAGCUACUCAAGAACUGCUAUCUCGAGGAAGAUACCAUUAUUGUAUUCUCUGGUGAUCACGGUGACAUGCUCGGUGAGCGAAGCUUGUGGUACAAGAUGAGCUGGUUCGAGAAUAGUGCACGAGUCCCCAUGAUCAUCAAUUGUCCAGCCAAGUUCAAGCCGAAGCAAGUCAAGGAAUCUGUCUCCACGAUGGAUCUUCUCCCAACAUUCGUCGACCUUGCAGGAGGCGACGCCUCGGCUAUACUUCCCAUUGACGGCGUCAGUCUGCAUGAGUAUCUUGUUUCUGACAAGCCAGGCAAAGAUGAAGUAUUUGGCGAGUACAUGGGCGAAGGCACUGUCACUCCCACUUACAUGAUCCGUCGCCACCAGUGGAAGUACACUUACUCCCUGGCCGAUGCACCUCAGCUUUUUGAUCUUGUCAAUGACCCCCAAGAGCUCAAUGACCUUGCCAAGUCCAAGGAACCUCAUCAUCAGAAAGUCCUUGCACAGUUCCAAGCCGAGGCACACGCGAAGUGGGACUUUCAGCAAAUCCAUCAGGAUGUGCUGAAGAGCCAGCGCAUGCGGCAAAUUGCAUGGAGUGCCCUUCAGAUUGGUAUGAGCUUUCGUUGGAUCCUUGUGAGUGGUGUAGUUGACAAUGAUGCAGGUCGCAAGGAAACCUGGGACUACCAGCCACCUUACAACGACAAGGACCGUUUUAUCCGCUCCCAUAUCCCAUUGGACGAUCUUGAACGUCGUGCUCGUUUCCCGGUGGUUGACCAUCUGGGACGCGAGAAGACUGCUACCGCGUCUCACCAUGGCAUCGCUGGGGCUUGGGGCGAGUAA